CAAAAAUGGUGAAGCGGCACUGUCAGUUUUAACGUGACCUGGCGCCAAUGCAAGUCGAAGUUACUUGUCCGGUAAACAUAGCUUUGCUCAAGUAUUGGGGUAAAAGUGAUGAUUUAAACAUUUAUCCGUCCACCUCUUCCAUAAGUCUUACUUUAAACCAGUCUCAUGUUUGUUAAAUUGUUAAACCUUAUAAGAAACAUACAGGUCGGAACCAAAUCUACAGUGUUUACAAAGAAUGACCUCAAAGAGUCACUGUUCAAACUUAACGGAAAGUGGGUCAUUGGAUUGCUCGUGAAUAUUUCUUAGGAUCAUGCAAUUCCCAGGCAGGCUUUUAGAUGUAAUAAUAGUUGCGCAGUUGCGUUCUAGACUAGAAGGAAGGUUGGUCCCUUCUCCUUUUUUGAGUGUGGAAUCCGAAAACAAUUUUCCGACAUCUGCAGGGAUGGCAUCUAGUGCAUCUGGGACUGCAGCGCUCGCAUUUGCGUUAGGAAAGAUGUAUGACUUGAAUGGCGACUACACUUCCCUUUCACGGCGUGGCUCUGGAUCAUCAUGCCGGAGCUUACUAGGAGGGUUUGUGCAGUGGUCUAGCAACAAUAAAGACCACACUUAUCACUCUUCUGUCCAACAGCUGUUUCCUGCAUCGCAUUGGCCAGAGCUUAAAGUUCUUAUUUGCGUUACUAAUGAAAACCCUAAACCUGUUGGGUCGACUGAUGCAAUGCUUCGCUGCGUAAAAACUAGUGAUUUGUUUAGGAAUGGCCGUGUACCAUCUGCUAAAAUACGUGAAAAAGAGAUUAUUUCAGCCUUAAAAAAUCGUGACUUCUCUGCAUUGGCAGAAGCGACUAUGCGUGAAAGUAACCAACUUCAUGCUUUAUGCCUUGAUACCUGGCCACCCUGUAUUUAUCUUAAUGAAUUAAGCCAUUCUAUAAUGGAUUUCGUUCACAACAUAAACAAUUAUUUUAUGAAAAAUGUGGUUGCUUACACGUUUGACGCUGGUCCAAAUGCUUUUUUACUGACUGAAUCACAAAACAUUUCUAUUGUUUUGAAAUAUCUUGUUGAAUGUUUUGGUUAUACGGUGGGAGCCGAUAGCUUUGUUAAUGAUGCGGAUAAAAUUACCAUCAAAUGUCUGAAUUCAAAUAAGUAUCUGAAAAUUACUGGGAUUCCCUAUGGUUUUUCAGAUAAACCAUUAGAUCAGAAUCUCUUGAAAAUAUUGCCCUCUAUUUCUGGUGGUAUUAGAUACUUGAUCAGUACUGAAGCAGUGGUCCACAGCUUAUAUCAUUAAUUCAUUGAAGAUACUCGAAUCAGAUGGAAAGUGGACAAAUAGAAACACGUGGUCAACUAUUUUUUUGUAAAAUCGUCGUACAUCAAUAGCUGUUGAAAGAUUUAUUUUAAAUCCAUUUUACUGUUUAUUGUUCAUGAUUGUUCAUACUGGCAUUUUGAUUAUUGAUCACAUAUAGCAUGUUCGAUUCCGUUUUUCAAAGCAACUGAAUAAGUUUAGCUGACCCAUUUUUUUCAGACUAAGCAAACCAAGGAAUUUGUGUCAGAACGGUGAUCUAAAUGCAUCUGCGCAAGGACUAACAAUUUUGUAAUAAAAUUAGUGUUAAGAAUAUGGCUUUAAACAUGAUCACUUACUGCCUCCUACGAUGUCAACAACCUAUCUGAUUUAUCCUUUUUGGUAAAAAAAACUUGGUCUAAUUUAAUAAUUAAUUAUUCGUGAUAUCCCGAUUGAGUAGAAAUCUGGAUUUGUGAUGUCCUUGUGACUUUGUGUAAGCCACGUCUUGACAGUCAGUACAUAAAUUAACACAGGUUUUAAAUAGUAUAAAGGAAACAGAGCAAAAUAUUUUUACUAUGACCAAAAUCAAAUUAGGCGAGAUGAUUCUAUGUGAGAAAUCACUGUGUGUAUAAAGGUGUGUAUCUGUUAAUUGUUUGAGUAAGUAACAAUUGAAUGUAGUUUGGAUAAACAGUCUAGGUGGUGUGGCAACUUGCACUGAUGUACGUACGAAGUUCUACGUUGUU